GUCACUACUCAGCAGCUUAUGCGGGUGUAUGGUGCUCUUAUGUGGUCCCUUGGUAAGGUUAUAAAUACACCUGAGACAUCGAGAGUUUUCAUCGGAUCAUUUUGGGAUGAGAAACUCAACAACGAUGAGCAACGGAGUCUUUUUGAGAAUGAAGAAUCCGAUCUAUAUGCAGACAUAGCGAAGUUACCUGAAGAGGCUGCCCUCAGGAAACUGAAUGAUCUUAUUAAACGAGCAAGAUUAGCGAAGACACAUGCCUGUCUGAUGACAUAUAUCAAACAUGAGAUGCCUUCAAUGUUUGGGAAAAACUCGAAGAAACGUGAGCUUAUUGAGCAUCUAGAUGUGGUCUAUGAGCAAGUUUCCAAGAAAUAUAACCUCCCUAUUGGGGAUUUCCCUUCAGUGGAUUACAUGCGUAAAGAACUGGCACACUACGAUUUCCGUAAUAUGUCACUACAGUCGAUCCCAUCACCUGCCAGGGGCUUAGAUAAGAUCAAGAAGCCUCGAAGCCUAGAGCCUAUUGAUGAUGUGUUAUCCAAUGACAUACCCGCAUUGCUCAAGAUGAUACCUAAAGAACGUGAUGCUAAGGAGCUGCCUGACAUAUUUAAAGGAGGCAUUGCUAAUGUAACCUCUAGUAUAUCCAAAUCUCCUUCAUUCUGCCCAUACCAUACUCUACUCAGCAGCCUGGUAAGGGGGCAGCAUCUCCUAUCAGCAGUAGUUAUGCUUUCAUGGCUGGAUAUUCCUAGGUAUACAACAUUGUUUGAGUCUCUUGGUCCGGAUCCACUCGAUGGUAAGCUAUCUGGUGCUAUAGCUAAACAGGAGAUGCUUAAGAGUAGUAAACUCCCAUCUGGAGUAUUACAUAGAGUAUGGAAUUUAGCAGAUGUUGAUCGCGAUGGAAAGUUAGACAUCUAUGAAUUUGCUCUCGCUAUGCAUUUCGUACGUAUGCGUUUAGAUGGUCAUACACUGCCACAUGUAAUAACCCUUACUGAUAACUUAGCAUAA